AUGGCGGCCCAGCAGCUGGGAGCCACCCACAGGGCCUUCUGCGAGAAGGUGCGCGGGGCCAACCUGCCACUGAGCAGGCACAAGACCAAGGCGCUGGCCACGAGCAAGGAGCUGCGCCAGGCGCUGAUGCAGCAACCUUGCCGGGACCUCGGGCCAGACGAAUUUGUGGGCAUGCACAGGGACCUUGGCGGGGGCGCGAUCUCAGGGUCGCACCGCCGCGUCACGACGGCGGCCGCACGAGAACUACAGGCGCGAGCUCAGGGCAGGAAGCUCACCGGCCUUUUCCGCCCUGGGCUGGACCGUGCGAGGGUCUACCGCGCGGGCCCCGCGGCCAAGGCCACUCGGGGCUCGGCCAUCAUGGGCGUCCCGAAUGGCAGGCUGCGCCAGCUGCGUGUCGGGGCGAUCAAGGCGAGAGGGCCGCUGACCAUUGCCACCAGGACCGCGCUCAUGGCCUACGUCGAGGUGAUCUGGGCCUCGCUGCUGCCUGAGGCGGCAGCCCGCCCCUGCCUGGCCAGGGGCACGGAGCUCGCCCAGCAACGGCAUCCUUGGCGGCAGGUCAAGGACCCCAUCAGCGCUCUGGUCCUCACAUUGGAUCGCGUCGGCUGGGGCUUCUUGCAAGGCGACCCCUACCUGGUUCACGACAGCACAGGAGCAGCCUACGACGUCAGGAGGCACUCUCCCACCUUCUUUGGCAGCCUGGUGGCGCUGCAGUGCCGCGUCGCAAUUGGGCUGGAGGAGGUGGCCAGGCAGAGUCCCAGCAUGUGGGGCUGGUGCAUUCCGCCCUUCUGGCAACCGAUCCUUGAUAUGGCCAGUCAUCGGUCGCAGGUCUGGGACCAGCACCACCAGCGGGCGCUGCGCAGCCUCAUCCAGAACACCUACUGGUGCCAGGCCAGAGUGGCAGCGGCGGACAGCUCGCGGGCGGCGCCGUCCAAUUGCCAGCUCUGCGGUUUCAAGGACGGCUCGCUUUUCCACAGGCGGUUUCGUUGCGAGGCGCACGGGGCUCGGAGGCGUGACUGCUUGGAGAAGCCGCUGCGCGGGGCCGCCGAUCGAGUGGAAGGCCUAGGCUUCCCGUUCACCGACCUGUUUGCCAGGGGCCUCUUCCCUGACAUUUCGGAGUUUAUGAAUAGGCCUGUUCGGCCAGAGGCGGACUACUUCGAGAGUUCAACGAGCUGGUACACCUUGGGACCGCACCUCAACGGGCACCACGUCUUUGUGGAUGGCUCGGGCCUCGACCAGGCCUGCCCGCGCCUGCGCACCGCUGGUUGGUCCGCGGUUAUCUACGACGAGGCCUACAGGCGUGUGGCGGAGGACUACGCGGUGAAGGUCCUCACGUCGCAGGUGGCAGGGGGCAGCUAUAGGCUCUACAUUGACUGCAUGGCCACAGCGCGUUGCGCGGCCAACCCGUCGGCAGCGGCCGCGGCCAGCGGCCAGCGUGCGCACCUUCGGGCUGGCCAAGCAGAGCAGCUGCAGGACGUAACGGUCGCAAAGGUCAGGGCCCACCAGGGCCCCAAGGCUGUCGUGGACGGCCUAGUCUCGCAGUUCGAGCUGGGUGGCAACGCUCGGGCCGACAGGCGUGCCAAGCAGGACGCGACGGCGGCCAGGGCGAACCUCGGCGACACCCUCGUGGUCGAGGGCUGCCUGUCGCUGGCCCGCCUGGCGGCGCGGUUCGCUGCCGCGCACGAGGUGCAGCUGUCGCGUACGAGCAUGCUCGACUCCAUGGGAGUGGUGGCGCUGAGGCUCAUCGACCUCGGCGAGUGGCCGCAGUGGCCAGCGGAGUUCGAGGAUGAGGGCGGGGACGUGGAAGGUGAGGCCGCGGCCAGCUCCCAGGCGCCAGGUGGCAGCGCCCCGUCGGAGCCCGACGCCGCGCCUGCUGGCCUGCAACCUUGGCGCGUCGCUGGGCACGCGCUGCUCGCCGCGCCCAUUUUGUUGAUGAAAAGGCGCGUGAG